GAAUAGGGUUUUGCGAUCUGCGAUCUUCGGGAGGAGAGACGAAAAUGGCGUUCAGAGGGAAAGAGAUGAUGAAGAAGCUGGUGAAGAAGGUCGGAGCGGAGACUCUGACCCCUGAGCUGAAAGAGAAGCUCAAGGCCUGCGUUCCCGAUUCCAAAGUCGUGAUGGGCAGAGCCAAACGCGGUCUCUACGCCGGCCGCCAUAUCCAGUACGGUAACCGCGUCAGUGAAGACGGUGGCAACAAGUCGAGAAGGUGUUGGAAACCUAAUGUUCAGGAGAAGAGAUUGUUCAGUUACAUAUUCGACCGUCACAUUAAAGUCAAAGUCACCACUCACGCUCUCCGCUGCAUCGACAAAGCGGGAGGAAUAGACGAGUACUUGCUGAAAACGCCCUACCAGAAGAUGGACACAGAGAUGGGUCUUUUCUGGAAAACCAAAAUGGAGCAAAGAUACGCUGAGCUAGGUCAGAUGGAAGUAGCUUUCUUUACUCCUGAGGAUGAAGCCAAGUUCGAGCAAGGGUUCAAGGAUUUGAAUAUAGCUAAGAAAGAGGCUCGUAGGGAAGCUCGUAAGGAAGCUAGAAGAAAGAUGUAUGGCGGAGAGGAGAAGGGUGAGGAAGAAGCUUCUAUUGAAGCUGGAGGGUCAGAGUCGCACCAAGAUGAUCAUGGGUGGUUAGAAGCUAAUGCUUAAGAGUGCUAGCUAGCUCUCCUUUUCUUUUUGCUGAGUCUCGUCAACGUUUUGGAUUUUGGAAGAGGGAGGUAAGUGAUGUUGUAGGUCGUAGGUUCGAUUUCUCCACUGCGAAUUAUAACUCAGGGUUUGAGUUUGACCAGUGUCGAAAAAGACUUGUAAUAAACGGUUUACACCUCCUUGGUAGUGGAUUUCUAUUUCCAUAAUCA